AUGGGGCCGCCGGAGGGCGCUGCUGUGGGGCCUGCUGUGGCGACGAGCACUUGCCGCGCUACAGGCGCCCCCGGCGCCUCCGACUCCGAGUGGUCGGAGGCCGAGGCCAUCGACGGCGGCGCGGGCGUGGUCCGGGCGCUGCGGACAGAGAGCCGCCGGCUGCUGCGCGAGAACGCGGAGCUGCGGCUGAACCUCGACGAGGCCCUCCGGGAGCUGGCGGCGCUGCGGCGCGAGCACGAGUCGUCGCGCCUGCGCGCUCGGGGCGUGUACACAGCGCUCCUAGGUGGUGGCCCCGUGCUCGCUGGACAAGUAGGUCGAGAGGCGCCUGCGUGCGACCUGGGCGAGACAUUCCACGCCGAGUGA